AGUCCAACUGCUGGCCCCCCUCGCAAUCUCCUGUACGGGGCCGCGGCAGUCUGCUGGAAGGGGGCGCUCCAUCCCCGGAUGACGCUGCAGCAUAGAGAUACAUGGAGGGAGCGUCUGCCGCUGCUUCCUGCAGGGGGUCCAAGCAAACGGACCCCUGCGGUCGAUAACUUAUCCCUAUCCUUCGGAUUUAUACAGUACUCCUUUCAGGCACUUGGAAUUUGACAAUGGAAAAUUAAAAAAAUAGCUUGGGCACUUAGAACCAGAAGGCAUGCUGGGGGAAGGGGUUAAUAAAAAAAGCCAUACAGUGUGUGUGUGUGUGUGUGUGUCCUAUUCUGGAGUUGAUGAUAUCUUGAUCGUUUUUGAACCAAAUUUAUCUAAAUAGCUCAGGAUAGACAUAUGUAUGAGCAACAUACAGUGUAAACUGUGUUUGUGUUUUCGAUGUGUGUUUACUGUGUUUGUGUUUUGUUAGAGGGGACUUUAGAGUUCGGGAGAUCUUAGACAAAACUCAAACAUGAGAGGGGCGUGUCUGCUCAUGGCCGCAUGAAGUCGCAUCUCUUGGAGUUCCUGCCUGCCGCUGCUAUAUUCAAGCUUGCCCUGCCGGAAUUGAUGGGGAAGACUCACCAACGGGGGAAGAAGAAGUCAGCCUUGACAUCCCUGACCCCCAAGAUGGAUCUGGAGAGCUACUUUACCCGCUCCCAGACCCUCCGCUCGGGACCCGCGCUUCGGCCAGCCUCGCCAGGCGCCAUCUUGGAGGGGCCUAUGGAGAAGAACAGCCAGCCUACGCACCGGACCCCGACCUCCGCUUCCCUGCCAAGCGCACCUGCUGCCGAAGUCUUGGAGGGAUCGGCACUGUCAUCGCUGCCGAAGGUCUGGGCCGUGACAGUGGAGUCACCGCCGGCUGCACUGCAGUCCCGCCAACAAGCUCCUGCUGAGUCGCAGCCAGCGCGCAACGCGGCCGAAGGGGUGAGUCAGAGAAAUCAGGGCCUGCAGCCCCUGUGCUUACCCCCAGACUCCCCGCGGCUUUCUCCUCGGCCGCUAGUGCAAGGAUCCACCCCAGUGAGGCCCCCACCUUUGGAUCUGUUGACGGGACUGUGCAUUGACCCCUCCUGAGCCACGCUUGCAGCCUCCUAUGGGGCCUUCUCCUCACUCUGACCGGGAUGCCCUUGGCCCGGCCUCGCACCUCUCUCCUGCUGCUGGAACACAGAUGGGCUCGCCUGCGGUGCACAGGGCCCUGCCACCAUCCUCACCCUCCUCCAAUCGGGCCCCGGUUCCAUCCCCUAACUGGGCCUCGGGGUCCCCCUGGUUUGAAGCUCCAGCACCAUCUCCUGAGGGGGAUGCCUGCCCCCCUUCCUCUAUGAACCCCGGGUUCCUUCCUAGGGGGAAUGAGUGCAGCCCCCCUGGGAUUCUCAUUAAUCUGCCAGCUCCAUCCCCACUUCCACCUGCCUGCAGUCUGGACUCCACUCCUCCUGUGUUUCAUUUAAGUUAUACUCCAUCUCAUCUGCAUUGUCCUCAUCCUGGGGUCCCACAGGGCCAACUGGCUGGUAUGCAGUGCACCCAACCUCCCUCUACACCCAUUACUCUGGCGGAUCUACAAUCCUUGAUGCAUGCCUUCCCUACCAAGGCUUAUAUUUCUAAUCUUGCUCAACAGAUUGUCACUGAAUGCAAACAAGAAUUUGCGCAAUUCCAUUCAGAUCUAUCUACUCUUGAUACCAGAAUCUCUGUGGUGGAAACAGCCCACAAAUCUACUUCCAGUUCUGUUCAGGCUUUACAAUCUGUGGUGAAUGGUCAAAAAGAACAACUGUUUUCCAUGCAACAACACCUUGACGACCUGGAAAAUCGUAGCCGUCAGAAUAAUAUCCGUGUCCGGGGUCUGCCGGAAGCGGUCUCCUCUAGUGAACUUUGGGAUGCCCUUACCUCUAUAUUCAAUGACCUGCUAGAUCGUCCACCUGAUACAUAUAUUGAGAUGGACAGAGCCCACAGGGCCUUGAGACCUCCAAGUAAUGAUAAUACUAACCCUCAAGAUGUAAUCUGCCGGGCUCAUUUCUAUGGACUAAAGGAGGACAUUCUGUGAAACGCUAGACGGUUUCAAAAGAUCUUCUAUAAGGAUGUGCCGAUUCAGCUAUACCAGGACCUUUCUCGCCAUACUUUGGCACAAAGGGCAGCUCUCAAGCCUUUACUGUCUGCCUUACGUGAGAAGGGGAUUCAAUAUUGCUGGGGCUUCCCCUUCUCUCUCAAUGUGAAACACAAUGGUCGUUUUCUCACAUUGCGGUCCCCGGAUGACCUGCCCAGCUUUCUUCAGGAUCUCAAACUCACUGAUUUGUCCUUGCCGGAUUGGCCUCUGCCACAGACUUUCUCUAACAAGCGUCCUCUGCAUCGCACCCCACAGGGGUUGGUUUCCCCCCCCUGCGAAGACCCCGAGAGCGGGCCUCCCACCGAGGGGCCCUUCCCGCAAAGGUCCCCGUGCUGCUCUACAGAUGCAUCCUGUUGGCUCCUCUCUGCAGCCUACCUAGACUGGGGGGUAGUAAUGGUGGAUAUUGAUAUGUGAUGGAGUUAUUGGUGUGGCUAAUGCACUUUGCCUCUGUUAUUCUCUGAUUUUCUUUCAGGCUGAUUGAAACUUCGUUCAACAUUACAUGUCCUUGAAGGGUUGUGUUGUGUCACUUGCUCUUCUCCCUGUCCUGUUCUUCUAACUAUGUCUCCCAAGCUUCAUCCCCGGUCCUCUCCGGUGGUGGUAGUCACUCUUCUAUGUUACUUUCUUGAGUUGGCGGCGGCGGGAGUCUCCCGCUGUAUGUGUCUGUGGUCUGACUUACCUUACCCCCUCGUAGGUAGCGAGUACCGGGGUCUGUCGACCUUGGGUCCUUGUUGUUUCUUUUCUCUUAGAUACUGCAGCAGUAGAAUUUUCUCUGUCCUCUACUGCUUUUUGAGUUUCCUCUUUUUACUAUUCUUUCUAUUUUAGUUUUCUUUUCUACGCUUUUUUGUUUCUUUUUCCUCUGCUUUAUUGGCAUCCUUGGUCUUCCCUUGGAGUUCCUUCUCUGGUUUGGUUUUGUGUUCUUCCCACCCUCUCCUGUCUGGCGUCUCUUUUCCUUGUGUUUCCAUUCCUUUUGUGUCCAUCCCACUCCUAGUGUGUGUUGCCCCCCCUCCCUACCCACAGGGGAGUUUUCUUCUUUUUCCCCCUUACUGGUGCCACUGUACUUUGCUGAUUGUUGUUCCUCUCUUCCACCAUGGCUGAGGUGAAUCUUAAGGUUGCUACGUUCAACGCCAAGGGACUGAAUACGCCGAAAAACGCUCACAAGUGCUUCACCAUUUCCAUAAGCAAAGAGUACAGUUGGUAUGCCUGCAAGAAACUCAUUUUAAGGUUGUUUGAAAAAUAAAAACCUUUAAAUAAAAAAUAAAAGAACUCAAACAAGAGGCCCUGACACUCAUACAUCAAUAUAGAAAUGAUGCAAUAACCAAUAAUUACCAAAAGAGGACAAGUCCGCAACAUAACUAAAUGUGAAAAAAGUCACAAGACUUUCCAAACGCAUUGUAUACACAGAGAUACCAGGGUAGGAGAAAAUGUAUAUGGAAGCCCCAAGGAACGUUUUUAAAAACAUUGAAAUCUAAUUAAACUAUAAUUACUGUAAUCAAAUGUUCUUAACCACAGAACAAUAUCAGCUGGAGACAAAGAGUUAUUUGGACAAGUCUACACAGAGAAGAUGAUGAUGAAAUAACUUGAUAAACAUCAACCCCUACCCCCAGGACUUUCCGAUCUUCAUAGUUCUUCAUUUUUAUUCGAAUUUUUUCAUGGAUUGAACUUGUAAGCAAGCAAAUUAACACAUAAAAAGUCUUAUCCAGCUCACCUGUGCUCGGCACACAGAUCCUUGUGUAACCUCCACAGUAACGAAGAAAUAAGGGUCUUGGAUCCAGUGCUUGGAUAAAAGGACCUCCAAAGUUUAUUGUAGCAAUAAUAAAAAUCAUAUCCCUCCAGCAGUGAUAUAUACAGAGCAGUGAUGGAAAAACUGUUGCCAUAGGCACAAUCUACAUGUUUCAGGCUGCUUAAGCCCUUAGUCAUGACUGAACUAAUAAGUUUGAAAAAAUAAAAACAGUGUCACGCCUAUUUGUGGUAAAGCAGCUCAGUCUGAUUAAUUUCAAAGAAGUUGAGCUAUAAUAUCAGCAACAACCCAUGGGUAGGUAUGGAGCUGUUUCUGAAGGAAAGAUGGGGAGGAGAAUUUAUCAAUGGUUUUUGUGUAGAUUUUGGUAAAAUAUUUCUGCACAUGUUUGAGCAACCACUCAAUUGUGAAAGCCUUGAUAAAUACUUCCUUGACAUGUUUAUCUGACAUUGGGCAGCUCCUUUAAAGGGGUAAUCCACCUAGACACCUUAUUUCCUAUCCAGUGGCGAGACCACCGCAAUCUCAGCUGCGGCACCCCAGAUAUUCGGUGCACGGAGCGAACUGCCAGAUGACUGGUGAUGCAGGGCGAAGGCUUGUGAUGUCACGGUUACGCCCCGCUCAUGAC